AUGAGCGGUUCGGGAAGGAAACGUGUUUCGAAAUGGGACUCUAAGGAAGACACACAUCAUCAUAAUUCUAGCGUAAAUACAAAAUCAGGCUCUUAUUACCGCGAGGAAGAUCCCGAGCCUGUCCGGUUUAAUGCAGAGAGUAAUGGUAGUAGAAGGUCUGUUGCUGCGGACGAUCAGCAUUCCGGCGAAGGUAGGACUAGGAGCAGAGUUGCACAGAAUAACGAUAACAGUUAUUAUUCGGAACAAGAUGAAACUAGGCAACAAUUUUUCCACAGGAGUGGUAGUAGAAGUUAUAGCAGAAGUAGAAGCCGUAGCAGAAGCCCGGUCUAUAGAGCAAGGCGAGAUUCAGGAUCUUAUGACAGACACAAGACCAGAACACGAGAUUCGCCUCUSCCAAGCAGGGAGUUCAAUAGAAGAGGGGGUGAUCAAAGCAGCGAUUAUGGUUGGGAAGAUAAACUUAGAAAGCCAAGGGAGAUGAAAUAUCACGCCGAUGAUUUUAGAGAACAGGCAAUGAUGAAAGGUGCGAGGUCGUCCAACUACGAUGCUGAUUUUCCCGAGGAUGGUUCUAGAAGGGAGCAUUUACAUGAUGGCGUUUCAGAUCCGAGAUUGAGAAGGCACAGAAGCGAAUUAACGGUGUCAGGAGAACAGAAGAAUUCAAGAAUUCAAUCAGGCAUGAUGAGCCUUCUUUGUUGCGCAGCUUUGCCAUCAACUUCAUCAGUGCCAGCCAUUGAGCAAGCUCCUAUGACACCAUCGUCAAGGACUCUGUCUUUGCCUCCUGUUUCUCCCCGUGAAUCCCUGGCUCCAUCAACCCCUAAUGGAGCUCAACAGUCGCAUGGUGCACUUCAGCACACUCAAUCUAUGUCUGGUUUGAAGGACAUAAGUGAAAGCUCUAGCAGCCGCGAGACUAUAUCAAAUGGAACACAUUCUGGAGAAGCCAUGGGAAACACGAGUUCAGGCCUGUUUAGUAUGUUCUCAAUACCAAGAAUAGGGAGGACUCGUAGUGCGGUCAACGCAGUGCCUGCAAAAUCGACUGGACCCCAAUAG